AUGAACUUGCUCAUUAUUCCUGGUGUUGCCAUGUUUGCAGCCGGAUUAAAGUGGAAAGAGACAGUUCUCAACAAGAAAGCACAAUCCAUUGGUGGCUACUUCCUUCUUCUUGCCAUUAUAUCUGUUCUUUUCCCUUCAAUCUUCUACCACAUCCACGGCGGAACUGAUUACAACUGCAAUCAGUGCGAAAUUAACGGUACAGAGCCAGGAAAUCAAACAAUUCAAUGCAAAUACUGUAUAUCACGUGAUUUAAAGAGAAUCUAUGAUGAUCCAAUCUACAAACUCUAUGCAGCUCCUCUUAUGUAUAUCACUACAUUAUUAAUGCCAGUUAUUUUCAUUAUUUCUGUUGUUUUCUCUGUGAGAACACACGCGCACAUCUACAAAGUUGAUCACGUAGAAGAAAACUCAGGAGGAAUGUCCCAAUUGGCUGCAAUUAUUAUUUUGGCACUUUCCACUGUCACGUUUUCUUUAAUGGCUCAUGUUAUGACAGAAAAGAUUCCAGAAGCAUUGGAGAAGAUGCAUUUCUCAGAGAGAUUUGUCGGUCUCAUCUUCUACACGUUGAUUCCAAACGCCGCUGAGUACAUGAACGCAAUUAAGUUUGCUUUGAAUGGAAAUAUCGGUUUGUCAAUGGAAAUUGGAAACCAGGGAGCUAUUUUGACCGCUCUCUUGGAAAUGCCCGCUCUGAUGCUCAUUUCUCUUAUUUUGUUUAAGACAAAAGUGACAGAUGUAAUGUUUACAAUGAUUUUCCCUGUCAUUGACAUUGCAAGUAUUGUUGUAGCUGUAUUCCUUAGGAACGCUAUUCUAAUGGAAAAGAGAAUCAACUAUUCCACUGGUCUCUCUUUCCUUAUUAUUUUCUUAUUAAUUUCAGUUGUGUAUUACUUCGAAAAAUUCUAA